AUGACCUCAACAUUCCCAUACUCAUCACUCUCACGAUUAGGAACGGCAUCCUUAAGAUCGGCCACAACCGCAAGUCUAUCCCAUUUACUACAGAGACCACCAACCUUUGGAACCGAAGAUCGGAUUGUAUUGGAUAUCGGCUCGCUGUACAUAAAAGUAGGAUUUGGAGGAGAACCCCGACCCAGACACAUUAUAUCUUUUCGAGAGUUUCUACACCAAGAUAGACAAACUCCAAGUGAUCAGCAGCUUGUGGAACUGUAUAAUCAAGAUUUAAUGAGAGAAAAUAAUGCCAUGGAAAGAGUUGAAUUUAUGCUGGGUGGCGCUCUUCAGGAUGUUUAUUUCAGAUACCUAUUGGCUGAUCCAAGUCAGCACAAGGUUAUUAUUUGUGAAUCACCCAUGAUACCCAUCAAGGUUAAAGAGAUUAUUGCAAGCAUUCUCUUUCAUCGUUUCCACAUCCCGACCAUUUCAUUUCUUCCAAAUCAUCUUCUGGCCCUAUUGACUACAGGAAAAAUGACUGGCCUUGUUAUUGAUUGUGGACAUUUGGAAACAAUCGUAUUACCAAUUAGUUUUGCGAUACCUUUAUCCAAUGCAUUGAAGACAACUCCUUUGGCCGGAAGAGCCGUUGCAUCAAGAUUGAAAGAGCUUCUCAAAAACCAUGCCAGUAUAAUUGAUGCCAGCUCUCAUUCCUCCAUUUCAGUUUAUCCUCACCGUCAAGUGCUAGAUAGCAGCUUAACAUCAGAGUUAAUUCAAGACAUACAGCUCCAAUGCCUCUUUGUUUCUCCUACAGGAGCAGAUGGGAUGACUGAAGAUAUCGGUGAUAGUGAUAACAAAAAUAGUCAUGCAAACGAUGUCUAUUAUCGUCUGAAGGGAAAAGAUGGUAUCUUAGUAAUCCCUGGGUGGGUGAGAGAACAUGCAGCUGAGAUUCUCUUCAGCCCCAUCGAUGAAGAGCUUUGUAGUAUUGGAGAAUGUGUACUAGACGCUGUACUAAAGGUCCCAAGAGACCUAAGACGUGAGCUUAUAUCUUCUAUACUCUUAAUUGGUGGAAGCAGUAUGAUGGCAGGAUUCCAAACACGACUGCACAAUAACUUAGUGGGCAAGAUAAAAUUGGCUAAAUAUUCCAAGAUCUGUGGCCUCCUGCCGUCGAUAAACUUCUUUGAUAUUUCUUCCAAAUCAGGACAAGUGUUCCCGAGAAACAGUCGGGCUUGGGUGGGUGGAUCACUUGUAGGUGCCCUCCAAUUAUCGGGACAAGCAGUUAAUCGAGAGCAGUUUGAUGGAAGUGUCCCCGACUGGACUAGGCCAAUGCUAUAG